AUUCAAUCUCCCUCCUCCUUUCUGUGCAGGUCGGAUUGGAUUGAUUUUGCACUGUAAAAUUCCUCAAAAUUUGUUGGUUUUUUGCAGUUGCGAACGAAGAUAUGCCGACCGUUGCCCGACGCCGAUCGUCUCAUGCCGCCGUGGUAGAUCCGAGCACCGCCACUCCUCAGAAACGCAGUUUGAGAUCCGAUUCGGGAUCUCCGGUAGUAGCGCCGGUGCGGAAAUCUCCCAGGCUAUGCAGUCGGGAAGGCGGUGGAAGUCCGCCCAAAGUUGAGGUGAUUGAGAAGAGCUUGAAAUGCUCUCUAAAUUUCAAGAGUUCGUCGCCUGAAAAGAGGAUUCCCGAAAAUGAUAUGGAAAAGCCGAUUUGGGAUCCCAAAGAUUUGGAUCAAUUGAGAGCUGUUAAGGAGGCAUUACAUGUAUCAACUGCACCGAAUUACGUUAUGUGCCGUGAAUUAGAGCAAAGAACGAUCUUGGAUUUCUGCAAGAAAUGCGUCAAGGAAGAGAAGGCAGGAAGCUUGUAUCUCUGUGGGUGUCCAGGAACUGGAAAGUCAUUGUCAAUGGAGAAAGUAAAGGAGGCUUUAGUAGAUUGGGCAAAUGAGGAUGGUGUACAAUCUCCAGAUAUGCUAUCAAUCAAUUGCACUUCUCUUACCAACACAACCGCAAUUUUCAACAAGAUUCUUGAACAAAGCCAUCCACAGAGGAAACCUGAUCGAUCUACGUCAGCUUUACAAAUUCUUCAACGAAUGUAUUCUGAGAAACAGCCUGAUGGUAUGAAGAUGAUGUUGAUAAUUGCUGAUGAAUUGGACUAUUUGAUUACAAAAGAUCGUGCUGUGCUUCAUGAUCUUUUCAUGCUAACAACAAUGCCAUUCUCCAAGUGUAUCUUGAUAGGGAUUGCUAAUGCCAUUGAUUUGGCUGACAGAUUUAUUCCGAAAUUGAAAUCUUUGAACUGCAAACCUACAGUCAUAACAUUCCGGGCCUACUCCAAAGAUGAGAUCAAGGCAAUUCUUGAGGAAAGGCUGAGAGACCUUCCUUAUGUUGUCUUCCAACCUCAAGCCAUGGAGCUUUGUGCAAGGAAAGUUGCUUCAGCCUCUGGAGACAUGAGAAAGGCCCUUUCUGUUUGCAGAAGUGCCAUUGAGAUGUUCGAAGCAGAGAAAAGGGACACUAUCAUCAAUAACUCAAACUUACCAUUGCUAGAGAGAAAUGGGGAUCAACAGAAUCCUUCUCCCUGCCAUGAAACAACAAAUCAAGCCAAUAAUAUGGUGAGGAUAGAUCAUGUUGCAGCUUCAUUAUCGAAAACAUUCAAAUCGCCUGUCGUGGACACGAUCCAAUCUCUGCCACAGCAUCAGCAGAUCAUACUUUGCUCGGCAGCAAAGCUUUUCCGAGGAGGAAAGAAGGAUACGACUCUUGGCGAGUUGAACAAACAUUAUGUAGACGUCUGCAAAUCUACUUUAAUCCCUCCUGUUGGCAUCACCGAACUCUCAAGCAUGUGUCGCGUUCUAGAUGAUCAGGGGAUUCUCAAACUAGGACAAUCGCGGGAAGAUAAACUAAGAAGAGUGGCACUAAAGGUAGAUGAAGCCGACAUUGUUUUCGCACUGCAGAGAGUUCGAUUCUUCAGAAACUGUCUACAAUGAUUCAAAGUAGUCAUGCAUGAGGACGAACAUAAAUAAAAUAUGCUGUUGAUUCUUCCAUGGAAAAGCCAAGCUCGGGAUUUCGACAGAAUUUUCAAUAGGUAAGUAACUAUAUGCAUGUAUAUUUUCUUGAACUAUAUGGGAAGAAGACUGAUUUCAAUUAUGAUUUGGUGCAAUUGUGUUUAGGAAGUGAAUUUUGUUGCUGAUUUUAUCUAGUUUUUGUAAAUGUUACUAGGAAUUAUUUAAUUCUUAUUACUGUCUUU